AUGGUCUCCUCCGCGACGCCAGUCACGUCGCCAGUGCGCGCCCGCUUCGGCAGCCCGGCGUCGGCGUCGACGGCCUCACCCGCGGGCCUCGCUCCACGUAGAGACCGUGAUGUCCCUCCAAUAUCGACGUUCGGGCUGCGCGACCGCCACCUCUCACCAACAUCUAGUUCGGCUGGUCUGGCAUCGUCGUCGGCACUUGCUCCGCAACACCCUGGCACCUCAUCAACAAAUCGCACGCCCCUCGCGAUCCAGUCUGCACCCCCAACAGCAGCCCAAUCCGCCGCCAUCUCACAUCGGCGACACGCGUCAACCCCAACACCGGGCAUCAGUCAUUCUGGAGGCCUGCUAGUGCCGACCGACCGACCCCUCGACGAGUUCGAGGUCCAUUGGUUGCCCCGUCUUGGGCGGCUGCGCGUCGACCGCGAGGUCGAGAUGUGCGGCUACGCGUUAUAUGGCAUACGCUCCUGGUAUCUAUCGCGUACGCACUGGUCGCUCACCAUUGCCGCGUAUACUGGGAAGCCAACGGAUGUCGUGAGUUCUCUACUAGAUGCCGCUUACCUGAUUUCCUGUUAUGUCUUAGUUCCAGCAGCGGGCCUGAGCGCCGAGAUUGGCACCGACGAGCUGCGCGCCGCGACACAGAUGCUCGCAGCCGAGUUACGUGCCAAGCCCAGCAAAACGGACGACGGCACGUUACUGGUCUCGGCGCCUACAUUACACGGACAGGAAAUAUGGCCUAUCCCCCAAGGCGACUUACGCGAGGCGUGGCCGUUCAUCGUGCUCAACACGGCGUUACGACGGCUCGGAUGCGGUGGGCGCGCGGCAAUGGGGAACGAUGCGCCCGUCGCCGCCGUCAGGCGCAAGUUGUACGAGCUUUACCGCAUCCCUGUACCUAGUAGUGCUAAGCUGCAGGGCUCCGCGAGCCGCGCCGGGUCCCCACAGCAGUCGCCUAUUCGCUCCACGCACUCGCGCUCCCAAUCUCUGGCUUUCGAGCACGCACGCCAGCGCAGUAUCAAGGGGUCACCGCGUGACGUCAGCCCCAGCUCCGAGGAGAUACAAGUCGUCACGGCUGCGUCGCUUGAGCGCGACCCGCUCAUGCUCAGCACGGUCGAGCUAGUCAAGCUCAUUCAAGGCGGGCUGGCGUUGUGGGGGUUCUAUGGAGCGCAGCACGAGGAGAUUGAGCUCGACGGACUGUUCUGCGACGAGACCAAGGCUGGCAUCGCCAACUGGCGCACAGCCAUGGGCAUGGAGCAGGAGGAGAACUUAAAGCUCGAGAAGGAGACGAGUGGCGGUUGCAUCGACCCGCGCACGCUCGCCGUGCUCCUCAGCUCGGUCACGAGCUCGCGUUACCUGCUUGGCGCGCUCAACGUCGAGAGACUUCCCAAGGACCCGUUCCAGAGCGUACGGCGCUUCCUGUCUGCGUGGCGCAAUUACCAGACCAGCGUGAAUUCAGGCAAGCCUUCGUCCCCGUUUCUUUCCGUGCAGGGCAUCCGCCAGCUGAAUGCGUGCUACGUUGUCGAGCGCAAGGGACACGCGUCGGACGCGCUCAAGGUCCACCGCAUCCUGUUUUCAAGCGUAGGGAGCGUCGCGUCCGGGGUGCAAUCUGUCGUCAAGGGCAGCGCGAAUAACGAUGAGAGCAUGCCCGCCCGUAAGCGUGAGCAGCACAUUCGCUUCACGGGCCGCGAGGAGGACUCGGGCAUCAGCAUGAUUGUGCCUUCUGUCGGCGGUGCUGCCGCUCCAGAUGUCAUCACAUCCGACCUCGAAGCGUAUGUCAAGGGCGUCCUCAAGUCGCGCGAAAAGGACUGGGACGUUAUGGGCGCGCGACGCAUCGCCGAUCUCUGGAGCGGGCGCGCCGCAGAGGCCGACGACAGCCGCGCUCAACCCCGCCUUAGAGUGUUUGGCCGCCGAAGCAACCUGCCCAUUGCAGACGACGAAGACGACACAUCCCUCCAUCUCGGCACGACAGCCAUUGGAACGAUUCGUGGUGCUGCUGGCGCUGCAGCCGGUGCCGCAACUGGGGCGAUCAAGGGUAUUACGAAGGGUGCCAGGGGUGGUCUGCGUGUUGUCGGCAGGCGACAACUUCCAUACGACACAUCCGACUCUGAGAGUGGCAGACACGUCCUCUCCUCCGCACAGAGCUACGCGCGGCGCAACGUACCCACAGUUGUCGUGCCAGACGACGACAACCAUCCUGAUAGACAGUGCAACGUCUCCGCCUCGCCGUCGACUCCGCUGGCCGCGUCGAGUACACUGGCCAUGAACCCAGUAUCUAUCAGCCCCUCGCUGCCGCACCAGAGUACGCGCUUCCACAACUCGGACUCUGACGCCGGUUGGGACCGUAGUCCGGACCUUGUCACCCGUAGACGCUCCGUAGCGACCACUGUGCGCUCCGUCACGUCCAACACGAACACGAUGAGCCCAGACUUAAGGGGUAGACGAGGCGCCCUGGUAUUGAUGCGUAUGGCGAGCGACGGCGCAGACGUCAUCGCGGGACCUAACGACGCCGAGUGGGCUGUUGCGAAUGGACGCGGAUCUGGCAAGAGGAUAGACGAGAGCGCCGACACCGAGAGCGUCGAGGCCGCCCAAGGCCCCGAGGGCGUUGUGCGCGUCAAGGUACUGCGCCGGAGCCAGUCGUUCCAGGCGGACCGCAGGGUGUAUCGCACGCGGCACGUCAGCGAUCCCACACACCUGGCUAUCGACGUUGCGAUGUGCGAGGUGGUUUGGGAACUGCGCAAGCGCGAGCGAAUGCUCGCUAAACGCGCGGACGACAUGUCGGUCCUGGAGCGCUCGGCGUUCACGGCAACAGAGGCAAUAUUCGACACUGCGCGACUACGCCGCGAACGGAUCGAAGAACUCGAGAGCAAGGUUGCACAGUUGCGCGACAAGCUAAGCCACGCGUCUGGUACUGCGGUCCAAGAGGACAAAGCGUUAAAGUGGGCAAACGAUAAGAUCACAUACAAGAAGCAGGGCGACGUCAACACGGCCGAGCUCCACUGGCAGCUGCGCAACCUCGCGACCCAUUACGAGACGAUGCGUGCCGCGCGUGAUAAGAGAACCGCCGAGACCGAUGUGGGUACGGAGCGUCUGUGGUGGUGGCCCUGGAGCUAG